AGACAUCCAGACGCUGCAGCAGCACAGCCUAGAACUUCACUCUUCCUACAUGUGACUGAUCACAUGAUCACGAUGACAUCAUCAAAGGUCCUUCAGCUCCUUAGAAUCUAGUAAUCACCCUUGACCAGGAACGAGAGCACAAGGAUGCUGCGGCACAUACAGCGUAUUUGUAAACUAUCUCCAUGUCCCUUCCUAAAUCAGGGGGUUAGAAAUUCAGUCAGCACAACACCAAAGAACUGCACAAACCGGAUAAAAUGGUUCAUCGCUGCAAGAGAAAUAUCCACAUCUCAACCAUUACAGAAAUCCCAGCAACCGGGAUCCUCGAAGGCCCCAAUAUCGUUGCGAACAAGGCUGCUGGUUAGCUGCAUUAUUGGUGGAGCUGCAGUGGGAAUCUGGCAAUAUCUGCGGUGGGAGAAACAGGAGAAGAAGAAGCUGGAACGCAUUGAGCAGCUCCGUACCCUAGCAGUUGGUCAGGGAGACUUCAGUCUUACUGAUCACAAAGGCCAGCCUUGCUGUAAAAAAGACUUAAAAGGUAAAUGGGUGCUGAUGUACUUUGGCUUUACCCAUUGUCCUGAUAUCUGUCCAGAUGAACUGCAAAAGCUGAGUGCUGCGGUGUCCCUGUUGGACAAGGACUCCACUUUGCCCCCUGUGCUUCCUGUCUUUGUUUCAGUGGACCCCGAGCGUGAUAACGUUGCGGCGCUAGCAAAGUAUGUUAGUGAAUUCCAUCCACGACUCAAGGGUCUGACUGGCACAGAGGAGCAGAUCAAGGCAGUAGCCCAAGCCUAUCGCGUGUACUACAGCGUGGGACCUCGUGACGAGGACAAUGAUUACAUUGUUGACCACACCAUCAUCAUAUAUUUACUGAAUCCUGACGGACUAUUCACAGAUUACUAUAACCGGAGUAAAAACGAUCAGGAAAUAGCUGAAAGCGUAAAACGCCAUAUGACGACCUACAAGUCGCUAUUCAGUUGACAGUGUUUGCCAAGUUCUGCCACUGGACUGUAAACCUCUGAUUCUCUAUUCACAUUGGCCCCAGUUUUGGGGGAUUGUUUUGGUUCAUUUUAUACCCAUAAACUUCAGACAUUGAAUAUUGCUAUUUCUUUGUUUAAAUGAAUUUAACUGCACUUUUUUUGUACAUUGAAAGUGAGAAUAUCAUAAAUCACGCUGUGAUUGUGUCUAGAAGAAGGCAAUAAAAUGACAUGAUUGAAGCUGUU